CAAAGAUGGAUAAGGCCUAUAAAAAUGGCAAAAUAUGGACUGAUCAACCAUAUGGGUCCAUUCAGUUAGAACCCUGGUUGAUCUUUCAUGAUAAGGCCACAUUUCUUGAAGUGUUGAGAAGUUACUGCAUACAGGAGGGGUUUGGGCUUAGUGUUGAGAGGGCUGAUAAUAGGAGGUACACAGCAGUGUGUGCAGUGGAGUCAUGUGACUGGAGGAUACAUGCCAGUAGGUUGUUUGACAAUGUUAGCUGGGCCAUUAAGGUGAUCAGUGGGUCCCACAGAACUUGUGGGAGGCUUGAGGAGAAUCCAGUAGUGACCUCUGAGUGGUUGUGUAAGCAUAUGUUGGGGGAAAUAGAGGCAAAUCCAGAGAUUCCAGUGGAGACAUUGAGGAGGUAUGCACAGGAGAAGUUUCAGUUGAGGGUGAAAAAGAGGCUAUUGUACAAGGUCAGGAGUAUGGCAAAGGGAAAGCUGCAUGGUGGUUGGGCUGAAGCAUAUGAGCUGUUGCCUAGAUAUGCUGAGAUGAUUAAGAAAACAAACCCAGGGAGUCAUGCACUUAUAACAUGGGGGGCCAGUAGUGGGGAUGUGAACCCAAAAUUCAGAGCUUGCUUCUUCUCAUUUGCUGCACAAGUCAGGGGGUUUCUAAGGGGUUGUAGGCCCAUAAUUGGAAUAGAUGGGGCUCAUUUAAGUGGUUUCUACAAGGGCAUUCUACUGACAGCAGUUGGCAUAGAUGGGAAUAAUGAAAUUUUUGUUCUUGCCUAUGGGAUAGUAGACACUGAGAGUUGUGACAGUUGGACCUACUUCAUGAGAUGUUUGAGGCAAAUGUUUGAGCAGGAGGGUUGCAACAGAGAUGAUUGGACCUUCAUCAGUGAUAGGAUGAAGGGUGUUGAGUUGGCAGUUAGAGAAACUUUUCCUAGAGCAACUAGGAGAGUUUGCUGCCAACACCUAUACAUGAAUUGUAAGAACAAUGGCUUCAGUGGAUCUGCAUUCCACAAGCUAUUUUGGAUAGCUGCUAAUGCAUACAAUGAGUAUGUGUUUGGUAAGGCCAUGGAAAAGAUCAGUGAGUACAAUGCAAAUGCCACUGCAUACUUGAACAGCUGCAUUGAGCAGUGGUCUAGGCAUAAGUUUGACUCUACUGUUUGUUGUGAUCACAACACAACAAACUUUGUGGAGUCAUUCAAUGCAUGCACAAAGCCCUUCAGAGACAUGCCUGUCUUCUCAUUAUUGGAAGCAAUCAGAAGUUGGUGUAUGCAGAGGGUGGGGGCUAGAUUUGACAAGGCAGUUGACAUGGAGGAAGGUCAGCUCACUGCAUAUGCAUUGAAAGAGUUAGAGGAGAGGACAGCUGAGUCCAGGUUAUGUUAUGCCACAGCAUGUGGAGGGGGUGAAUUUGAGGUUAGGGAUGGACAUGUCAACUUCCCAAUUAGGCUUGCAACAAGAAGUUGUGCCUGUGGGAAGUGGCAGAUCUGUGGAAUCCCCUGCAAGCAUGCACUGAGGGUCAUAUAUGACCAAAGGAUGAACCCCCAUGAUUUCAUAUCCCCAUGGUUCAAGGCUGCUGCAUACAAGCUAACCUAUGCAGAACAUAUUCAUCCUAUGGCAGAUCCAUCUCAAUGGCCUGACUUUGGCCUUCCUUCCAUUCAGCCUCCAACCAUCAAAAGACCAUCUGGCAGACCUGCUAAGAAGAGAAAGAGAGGGGCAAAUGAACCAAAGAAAGGGAAGAGGAACACAAAUGUGAAAUGUGGAAAGUGUAGAGAGUUUGGUCACAACUCAAGAACAUGCAAGAGUGGAGGAACAAGUGCCACUGGACCAAGUACUUCAAAGAGUGGUGCAGCAGGAGCAAGUACAUCAAAUGGGGGACCAAACACAAGGAAGAGGUCAAAGGCAGCUGCAUAGUCACCUCAGUUGGCUAUAUUUUGUGAAUUGUAGUGCACAAAGCUAAACUAACUUAGUCAAAUCAGUUUAGUCAGAAUCAGUUUAGUUAGAAUCAGUUUUUGGAAACAGUUGUGCAGAGAUCAUUUUUUGGAAACAGUGAAAUGCUUAGAACACCUCUUUUUGUGCAGUUCAGUGGUGUUUGUCCACUUAAAGUUCAGUUUAUGUAAAGCUUAUUUGCUUGAACAAGUAUUUAUGGAACAAAGUCUCUUUAUUUCAUGAAAUUUGUUACAACUUUA